CACGUAUCAACAUUCGUCUGCUGCUGGAACUGUUCAUGAAGUAACCACUCGCGUCAAUCAGGUAGCUAUAACAAUGAAUUUAAGCCUACAUUUUAGUGAAUUUAAGAUGAACUCAUAAGCUUACAAAACUGCGGUUAUCAAACCUCUAGGAUUUGGGUUUGAAAACCCAGUUAUCCAGCCACUGAGCCAGACUGAGCUAACUAGCUAGCUAGCUAGCUAACAGCUGUGGUGAAAGAUAUAGCUAACUAACGGUAACGUUAGCUAGCUACGUUAGCUUCUGUGUCAACAAGGUGUUCUGUGAAACCAAUUCACUACUAAUUUGAAAUACUCUACAGUGCUAUUUAGAAAAAUGUCGUGCUUGCUUCUGAAUAUAACAUUGCAGAGCUUCAUUUGAAACCUUCUUGAUGGAAGAGAAAGCUAAUGUGCAGUCACUGCCUUUCACCUCUUUAUCCUAUAGUCAGAAUGGGCAGAGGCUACAUAGUGGAGGAUGUGGUGGAGAAAUAUCUGUCCAAUCUCUGUGCAUCUUGUGUCACAGGACUUCUCAUUGGCCAGGUAAGGUUCACUCACUCAACAAACCAGGCUCCUAUCAUUCAUUGCAUAAGUACACACUGUAGCAAAACGUUUUGCAAGGGGUAUAUUCACUAGGAACCAACAGAACCAAACGGAAACAAACAGGGAGGGACCUACCUGAAUUUGUCCAAUAGAAACUCUCAUUUUUGUUUAAAAACUUUUUUAGUUUGGAGUAAACGGUUUCCGUUGCAAAAAUUUUUCCAACUGUUUGCUACUGUCUUUGUCUAAAUGAAUACACCCCAGAUUUUAGUCUGGUUUUUUUUUCUUCUGUUUGGUGUCUACUGAAAACGAUUAGUUACCGGAGUGUAACUCCAGUUCUAUGAGUGGAGCGGAGCCCCAUAGGGGAGCUCUGCUCCUAGUGGUUUACCCUCUGCCCUACGGCAGAAACAGCCUGAAGCAAAAUUAUGCACACACCUGCAGCCAAUGGGAGCACAGGUGCCCCUAUAAGAAGGGACCCGUUCCCUCAAUCUGCCUCCCGAGAUAUUUAUCUUCAGCGAGACUAGAGAGGGUCGGCAGGGCCUUAAGUCCUAUGGGGCUCCGCUCCACGCAUAGAACUGGAGUUACACUCCGGUAACUAAUCGUUCUAUAUCGUGGAGCUCCGCCCCAUAGGGGAGCUCUGCUCCUAGUGGUUUAAGGCGGAGCGAAACGCUCCAAAAUGUACUCCCUGCCGAGCCUGACACUUUCCAUUAAAAAAAUGAAAAAAGGUCAAGCCUAGCAAUGGCUGCAACCAAUUCCCGCAGUACUGCAACUAAAAACCCAUCCGGGCGUCACAAUAUACCGCGUCAUCGGUUAUAGACCCGCCCCAUCUAGCUCAAUGGCAAUGCCAAUGACUAGUGGGCAGAUCAUCAGAAUAGAAGCCAUGCUAAUCUGUACUAGCAGAUAGCCGUGCCUCAAUAUUCUGUGACAACACUAUCGUCCACUAAUGGAAUGACAUAAAAUGUCACUCUACAUUAUGUGUCCAAUAAACCGCCUUACUCACUCAAUGGAACCCAGAGAUUAGUAGGCAGGAACAAAAUAUACCAGUCAUACUAAACUGAACAUCAGAUAGAUGACCUCACAUUCUGUCAAUUCAAUACAUGUCUCUACUAUACUGACCCUGUCAGUCAGGAGACAUGCCACAAGAUAUGCUUUCCAUCCAAAGCGGACCUGAUAGAGACCUGUCCAUCGUCCUGCUUCUCUCUCCUCCAGCUCAAGAUUCUCCUUCAGCUACGCUGAGUGCAAUCGAGCCUUGAGAGUUAAAAAGCCUAUCCUCAACAAACAUGUUUUCCUAACCAAAGCGGACCUGUUUGGAACCAGUCCAUGGUCCUGCUUUAUCCUCUCUUCCUAGCUCAAAAUCGCCUUUCAGCUCUGCUGAAAGCCGACCGAGCCAAAGAGUUGAAAAACAUGUCUGUCCAUAAUAUGUCCUUCUAACAAAAGCGGCCCCUAUGAACAUGGUCACAAACCUGCUUUUUCCUCUCUAUUUUGCUCAAGAUCUUCCCUCAGCCACGCUGAGUACAGAUCGAGCCAAAGAGUUAGAAGACAUAUCUAACAGAUAGAAACGGAUAAAAGGAGACGGCGUCGACCAUGACGCUGCUCUACAAAUAUCCUCUACCUCUGUUCCUCUGAAGAGGGCAGUAGAAGCUGCUACUCCACGAGUAGAGUGCGCUCUGAUACCCUGAGGUGGUUGUCGCCCCGCCACCUCGUACGCUGUCUCAAUACCUUCACAAAGCCAAUGAGACAAUCGCUGUUUUGAAAGUGGUCUACCUAAUGCAGCCGCACCGUGACACACAAACAGCUGAGGCGAUGACCUAACCGCUGCUGUGCGCUCAACGUAACAUGCCAAAGCGCGUACUGGGCACAGACAAUGAAGCUUUUCCUCACUCCUCUCCCCAUGGGGAGGGGGAUAAAAAGCCCACAAUUCCACGAUCUGUGAUCUAUAUGCACUGUUAAUAACCUUCGGCACAAACGCCGGGUUAGGACGUAACACCGCUCUGCUCAGAUCGCCAUUAAUGGCAAGGCAGUCGGGUCUCGUCGACAGUGCACACAAAUCACUGACCCGCUUAGCGGUAGUCAAGGCGAGCAACAGCGCCGUCUUGAUAGACAGCAUCUUGAGGGGUAUUUGAUUCAAUGGCUCGAACGGCGACUUACAUAACGCUUCGAGAACCAAAGCCAAAUCCCACUGGGGCAGCGUAGCUCUGGGCAUUGGCCUAAGCCGCUUUGUCCCCAAUAAGAAACGUUUCACUAAUGGGUGACUGAACACGUUUUUUCCGUUAAACCCUUCAUGACCAGCUGAAAUUGCCGCUGCAAACACCCGAAUGGUGGAGGGCGAUUUCUGCUUAUCAAACAUAAACUGCAGGAAUGAGAGCACACUCUCCACCUGACAGUUCAUGGGGUCUACAUCCUGUGUGUCACACCAUCGUGAGAAAACGUUCCAUCUGCUGGUAUACAUCCUAGAAGUGGAACUGGCUCGUGCGCCCUGUAUGGUUCUGAUCACUGCAUCAGAUAACCCACGGCGCCUCAACCUGUCCCAUUCAGGAACCAAACCUUCAGUGGUUGGCCAAUUAUGGGCCACUGCCCUAUCGAGCCUCCCGCCUGGGUCAACGCGUCUCGUCGAUGUGGAAUUGGCCAAGGUGGCGCAAUCAACAUCUGACUCAUCUCCGCAAACCACGGAGCCCCCGGGCGAUCGGGCGCUAUCAGUAUCACUGACAGCUCCUCUGACCUCACCCUGGCUAGCAGUGGGAGAAUGCAAGACAGCGGAGGGAAUGCAUACAGGAGAACUUUCAGCCACGGGUAGUGCGCGAAUGCGUCUCUUCCCAGUGGUGGCUCGUCCUGUUCCCUCAGAGAGAACCAUAGGGGACACUGCGCGUUCACGCGUGACGCGAACAGAUCCACCUCGGCUCUCCCGAAUUGUUCCCAAAUUCGGAGAACAAUGUCCGGGUGCAGACACCACUCGUCGUCUCGAGGACCCCCUCUUGACAUGAGGUCUGCCCCUACGUUCAAGUAGCCCGGAAUGUGUGCUGCUCUCAAUGAGCGAAGGUGCUCGUGAGCCCACAGCCACAAUUCCUCUGCCGCCCGAUGGAGGGCAGGAGACCUGACCCCUCCCUGGCGAUUUAUGUGAGCCACUGUGGUCCGGUUGUCUGACCAGACCAACACAUCGCGACCCCGAAGGGUAGACGCGAAGUGGGUCAGAACCAGUCGAACCGUUUCCAACUCCAGGAGGUUGAUGUGACGACCUGAUUGAGGCCAUGCACCUCCUAUCGCUUGAGACUGACAUGUCCCUCCCCAUCCAGUCAGAGAGGCAUCUGUAAACACUGGAAUGUAGGAUGACACCUUGCCCAUCGGAACUCCGUGCGUGAGAACGCUCGAGUUUCUCCAAUAGUCCAGGUCUGCUCUUAGCGAGAGAGGAACCACCACCAACCGAUGACGUUGACGCACUGGGUCUAGUCUUAGUUGGGCGAACCACCGCUGUAUUCUGCGCAUGUGCAGAAGUCCCAGCGGGACCACAGAGUGGGCUGACGACAUGAGACCCAAAAGUGACAUGAUCGAUAGCGCCGUUACUGUGUGAUUCGGACGACACCUCCUCAGGGCUAGCAACAAUGCUGCCCUUCGAGGGUCCGAUAUUCGAGCCCUCAUCAAUACAGUGUCUAGCUGUAGUCCCAGGUAGACAAUCUGAUGACUGGGCCAGGGUGCGCUCUUUUUCCAAUUCACAGCGAACCCCAGACGCGUGAGAUGAAUCACUGUCUGUGUCGUGUGAGUGAACGCCAGCUCUGCUGACGGGGCGAGAACCAGCAGGUCGUCUAGGUAGGCUAGUAGCCUUAUCCCUUGACGGCGCAGCGGCUCCAAUGCCGCCUCCACACAUUUGGAAAACGUUCGAGGUGCCAGGGCGUACCCGAAUGGCAUCCUCGUGAACUCGUACGCCACCCCUUGAAAGGCGAUCCGCAGAAACUUCCUGUGGCGCGAUUGUAUCGGCACAUGGAAGUACGCGUCCUUUAGGUCUAUGCUUGUACAAAAGUCCCCUUUCUGGACACAUUCCAGUAGACGUUUUGUCGUCAGCAUUCGGAAGGGCCGUUUGGUUAUGCUCUCGUUGAGAGUGCGUAAAUCCAAAAUCGGCCUCACUCCCCCCGUCUUUUUGGGCACUAGGAAAUAAGGCGAAUACAGCCCUUUGUUCCUUUGCUCUCGGGGAACUACUGUGACCGCCUCCUUCGCCAAAAGUUCCGUAAUCUCUGACAUCAGAGCGGCUACUUUGUCCGGCGUUUUCAUCACCGUCUCCACCACUCCCCUGAACGGGGGUGGCGUCCGAUGGAAUUGGAGGGCAUAACCCUUCUGCAACGUCUGUUCUAGCCAGCGUGAGAGGGUACAGCUUCGUUGCCACUGCCAGCAAUGCAGAGAAAGCGGGCGCGCACGAAGCUGUGGUGCGUCCAGUAGGAAGGACCUGUAUUCCUCUAUGGCCCUCGCCGCCGCUAUUCCCCAACACUGGGUUGGUGGAAUAGCCCAAGGCGGGCCCCCCUCGAAAGGGAGAGGAAACAUCAGCUCGUUCUGAGUGAAUCGGAGGCCUUGAUACGUUAGUUACGACCGUAACUCCAGUAAUCCGGCCCUCCGUGAACGCAGCACGGUUCUGAACUGCACUGGCUGAGGCAUUAACCUGAGACAGAGUGCCCUCCCCGGAUAGCAAUUGCGUCAUCAUGUCAUUGUCUGACUGAGACUGCUGCUUGCCAUGAGACCCAUCCACUGCAGUACUCAACAGAGUCUGAAAGGUGUGAUCUCUGACUGGUACCACAAGGUGGUGCCACAAUACCUCUUCACUGGUCUCAUGCGGCUGCUCAGCAGCACACUCUAUGUGUGGUGAGCUGCACUCAGAGCCAUGGGCAUUGAUACGUUCUGAAUACACUGGGGGCGUCCAUACAUUGGUUACACUUUUAACUCUAGUAUUCCCGCCCUCCUUGAACGUCGCAUGGGUCUGAUCUGCGCUGGCUGAGGCAUUAGCCUGCAGCAAGGCGUCAUUCCCAGCUAGCGGCUGCGUCUUCAUGUCACAUUGGGACAGAGACUGCUGCCUGCUGUGUGAGACCUUUACUACAGAGCUCCUAGGAGUCUGUAGUAAAAGGUCCUUAUCAGGUGAGCUAAGGCUGCGCCUUGCUACCUUUUUCCCUUUCCUCUCCUGAGUGUGCUCAACUACGCACUCUUGGUGGGUUGAGCUACACUCAGGAUGGUGAGAGAAAAUUAUAGAACGUGAAGUGUUCUGUAGUGCGUUAUGGAAGAAAUGUCCUUCUUUGACAAUGUCAGUGAGAACCAGCUCUUUAUUCACAUAAUCACAAAACACUCCCUCCACGCCCUGAACAGUGGGGUGGGGGGGAACAGUGGGCUCAAUUGCGUCUUGCGCCGAGCCGUCAUCCGUCCUCUCCCCCUCGCCUCGUCAUUGGUGCCGCCUCUUCUGGGAGACCUUCUGGUGCUGCCAGGUCGGCUUGACGGUGACCUCCCUCGCCGGCGGAGCCGUCGCUACCACUGUCGCCGCCGGAGGGGCCGAGCCCGCUCGCUUGCUGCCUGUGGUGGACGCUUGUCGCCUGGCCCGUCGCCUCCCCGUAGAUCUACUGGGGGCGUUGGAGGUGGACGGAAUAGCUGGGGCCCUGCUAGCCUUCAUCGCCAGCGGCAGAUGCUUGGCUAGGUGCUUCCUCUCCUCGUCCAUCUUGGUGAACCGCUCUGUUGCCUCCUUAACAGCGACCCCAAAUAGGCCCUCGCUGGAGACUGGAGCGUUAAGGAGCGAGGCUCUGUCAGCUUCCUUCAUGGCUGUCAUUGAUAGCCAAAGGUGACGCUCUAUGACCACCGAGGUGGCCAUGGCUCUGCCUGCGCAUAUCGCCGAGGCUUGUGUCAGGUGAAGGAUGGCUCCAGAAAUUCUGGACGCCUCCUCUAUUUCCUCGUCAGUCAACUCUGACCUACCCGUUGUAAGACGGGAUAGGGAGGCCGCGAGGAGGGCGAUGUUGUUCGCCGCUGACACGCCCUGAGCUCCCAGCGUGAAGGAUUUCUCGGCCAGCUGUGCUGUAAGCCUGUCCUUUUGCGCCGGUAAGGUGGCCUUCUUGGAGGCUGCCCAGGGACUCGAACCCGGCACCAGAUACGCCGCCAUGGCGCUCUCGAGCCUAGGGAUUCCCCUAGCUGCCCACUCAUGACCAGCCACUCUGGUAAAUGGGAUAUACGCUCUGGCCGGCGAACGCGCCGCCAGAGGUGAAUCCCAUGAGCCCUCGACAUAUUUGCCAAGGGAAGGCAUGGCUGGAGCCAUCGGCUCAGCCGCCUUCCUUGGCUUGGAGUAGGGGCCGCCCUCCAUCAGGUCCACCUCCACAGGGAGGGGAGCUGGAGGCAGCGCUAUCUCCAGUCGAUUGGCGGCCUUCUCAAUGAGUUCGGGAAAGUCCGAACGCAGAGAGGCCGCUGCGAAGGACAGGGCUUCUGACCUAACAGAGCCCGUGUCGUCAUCGCCCAAGGAGCCCUCAGACCUCGCGCUCCCCAUAGGGAAGGGGGUCUUGAACGUCGGCGCCAGAGCUCCGGAUUGUCCCACUGGGAUAUCCAUCUCUGUGCCUCCCUCCUUGUCGUCCCCCGAGCCAGCACUGUCUGAUGACGCCUCUGAAGCAGAGGCGAGAAUGGACAGUACAUCCUCUAGGGGGAUGUCCUCCCUAAAGAACGCCCAGCGCUGCUUCCUCCCCUUCAUAGGAAGGAGGGCGCAGGAGGCGCAGUUAGGGGGGUCGUCGAGACCUUCCUUGGCGUGCUGCGGUCCCAAACACACGAAACAAAGGUCGUGGGGGUCCGUAGGCGCCAUGUCAGUACAUCGACAUAGAGCCCUGAAAAGGGCUUUUGGGGGUGGAAAAUUUCCCGGUGUGCUCAUGCUGGAAGACGUCGAUGGCUGGAUAUCAACGGCGAGUUCUUCCUGAGUCUUCAAUACUUCUUGGCUUCUUCAGUUCUAGUCCAGUCGCUGAAGAUAAAUGGGAGGCAGAUUGAGGGAACGGGUCCCUUCUUAUAGGGGCACCUGUGCUCCCAUUGGCUGCAGGUGUGUGCAUAAUUUUGCUUCAGGCUGUUUCUGCCGUAGGGCAGAGGGUAAACCACUAGGAGCAGAGCUCCCCUAUGGGGCGGAGCUCCACGAUAUAGAACUACCCAGGUGUUUUCCUUAACAACCCGAUUUGACCAAAAAAUAGGGUACUUUUUCCAGAGAGCCCUGAGUUUUUGCUAUUCAGGUCACGUGACUAGGAAAAACUCCUGGUCCUAAGUAGGACAUUCUUGUCUCGUUUGGCAGAGUUCAUCCCAGAGAGACUUUGUGGUGCUGGCUGUGAGGACGCCUCAGAAGGACGCAGCGGGACAGGGGUCUCCGUCUGUCAGCAGGAGAGCUGGGAACUCACUGGACCACCUAGAUGUGGAGUGGGUCACUGAGCAUGCCAGACAGGUAGAUAAGGAUAAUAGUGCAUUUUAUAUUUAAUAAUAAGAAUAAUAAUUCAACUUUUAAAAUGAAAAUGUUAGGUCUUACAGUUGGUUCACAUAACAUGACACAGUUUUAUCACUUGUAUCUCAAUCUCACUCUGUCAUAAUGUAAUAAUGUAUGUUUUCUGAAGGUUUCCCGGAUGUUACCGGGAGGUUUGUCAGUUAUUGGUGUGUUUCUUGUCACCCCACCUGAGCUGUCCAAAGAGGCUCAAAAUACAUUGAGACGGGUAAGCAACACAUAAACUAAAGCUGAGGCAAUAAUGUUUGUAUUACUUUGUAUAGAGAUCAUACAUAUUAAUAACAGUAACUGCAUUGAUAGAAAGUGGGCCUCUAAACUAGUGUGUCUUUUGCAGUUGAUCUUUGCAGUGGACAAGCACAUAUCCAAGGGACGGCUAUGGAGUCUCACAGAGGAGGAUGUAACAGAGAAGGUCACACUUCACAUCUGCUCCAAAACCAGGAAGUAUCCUUAACUGCUCCAACUGAUAGGUCAAAUUGGUCUCAAUUGCAUAAUCGGUUUGCUGCCCAAAGACAAUAAAUGAUGAACAAUGGUUUCGCUAUAGUCCGUAGUAAAUGUGAUGACAUCUUUGCCGAAUUGUGUGGUGUGCUUAAUACAAGGCGAAUCCUUAGCAUUGGAAAAUGUCUUUAACUCCAUACUCUCAGAGUGGUUUGCAGAACAUUUGAUGUUCGAGAUCCCAAGGUGAGUUCAUAGGUGUGACAGUAUGGCCUUUUUAAAGUGGUGAAGUCUCCUGUACUUGUUCUUUUCUGUAUUCAUAUUCAGCCUUGAAAAAUACUACAAGUCUUAACUGCAUUCUGGUUGGUGAUUUCAGAGUUCUGCCAAGCCUGCUGAUUGGAAGUACCAGUCGGGUGUGUGUACUUCCUGGCCAGUGUUGACAUGCUCAGUGGGACUGGACCUGGUGUUCCCUGUGUUAGAGCUGCAUGUCUUACCACAGGACAUGGAAAAGUGUAUGAAGGUGAGUGGGUUAUAUUGGAUAUUAUUACCUGUAAAUGUAUUGUUAUAGCACCCUUAUGAAGCUCCAUAGGAAUGCUUAUAACACCCUUAAGCUUGUCAGCAUUACCUCACUGUGUGAGAGAUUAAUAACAGUACAUUUUAGGGAAUGCCUGGUGAGGUCCUCUUUAGCAGAGCUCACUUUGACCUUUUGACGUUCUCAAACAGGACAGUAGAUUGAAAUGUCAGUUCUAGUGGAACUAAUAAUUUGUUUGUGUGUUUUCAGGAGGGACUUCAAACAUGGGCGAAGCAGAUCGAAGAUGGGCUUUGCCUCAUCAAUGGCAAAACAAUGCCUGGUGAGGUGGAGCUACUGGCAGGGCAGGUAAACACAGCGUUCCUUUUGGUGGCACAAUGUAGUUAAUAGAAAUCGAUUACUGCUUUUAAGAAGUCUGUGUUUUCUGUUCAGAAAAAGAAUGCAAAGGCUGUUCAGCAGACGUUCCGAGCCCAGAUCCUCAUCCCGAUGGUAAGAAUAUCAUUAGUAGGGAAUUUUUUGUAGCCUAUAGCUAGGGCUCAGAGUUUUUCCCUGCUGAAGUUGAUUUGUGUGCGUUUGUGUGUGUGUUAUGCUUUUGUGAGUGUGUGCCUAAUUUCGUGUAUGUGUAUCAUAGAAUGAAAAGAACAGACGUGCCCAUUCAAGUCAAUUAUGACAUAAUGGUUGGACUGGCAGCCAUUGCGAGUGUACCCAUAGGAGCAACGUAGGAAGUAAAAGCAGGAAGUGUACCCUUCAAACUGUGCUGUGAUUUGUUGAGUCAACUCAACUGACAUUACAAAAAAUACAUUACAUUGCAUGAGCCACAUCAGUUUGCAUCAUUUGAAUGAGCGUUCUUCAUUACCAUGGCAAUCCAGCAUCAGUUGAUAGAACAUUCCAAAUUACAAUGGAAAUGAUUACAUCACAAUACCAGGCAGCCAUUGUGAGUGUAUCCAUUAGUUUACCAGUCAAAUUGCCAGGGUUAGAGGUUCCAAGCCCAUUCUAUUUCUAUGGUGUGUACAGUGAGGGAAAAAAGUAUUUGAUCCCCUGCUGAUUUUGUACGUUUGCCCACUGACAAAGACAUGAUCAGUCUAUAAUUUUAAUGGUAGGUUUAUUUGAACAGUGAGAGACAGAAUAACAACAAAAAAUUCCAGAGAGACGCAUGUCAAAAAUGUUAUGAAUUGAUUUUCAUUUUAAUGAGGGAAAUAAGUAUUUGAUCCCUCUGCAAAACAUGACUUAGUACUUGGUGGCAAAACCCUUGUUGGCAAUCACAGAGGUCAGACGUUUCUUGUAGUUGGCCACCAGGUUUGCACACAUCUCAGGAGGGAUUUUGUCCCACUCCUCUUUGCAGAUCUUCUCCAAGUCAUUAAGGUUUCGAACCUGACGUUUGGCUACUCGAACCUUCAGCUCCCUCCACAGAUUUUCUAUGGGAUUAAGGUCUGGAGACUUGCUAGGCCACUCCAGGACCUUAAUGUGCUUCUUCUUGAGCCACUCCUUUGUUGCCUUGUCCGUGUGUUUUGGGUCAUUGUCAUGCUGGAAUACCCAUCCAUGGUCCAUUUUCAAUGCCCUGGCUGAGGGAAGGAGGUUCUCACCCAAGAUUUGACGGUACAUGGCCCCGUCCAUCGUCCCUUUGAUGCGGUGACGUUAUCCUGUCCCCUUAGCAGAAAAACACCCCCAAAGCAUAAUGUUUCCACCUCCAUGUUUGACGGUGGGGAUGGUGUUCUUGGGGUCAUAGGCAGCAUUCCUCCUCCUCCAAACACGGCAAGUUGAGUUGAUGCCAAAGAGCUUGAUUUUGGUCUCAUCUGACCACAACACUUUCACCCAGUUCUCCUCUGAAUCAUUCAGAUGUUCAUUGGCAAUCUUCAGAGGGGCCUGUAUAUGUGCUUUCUUGAGCAGGGGGACCUUGCGGGCGCUGCAGGAUUUCAGUCCUUCACGGCGUAGUGUGUUACCAAUUGUUUUCUUGGUGACUAUGGUCCCAGCUGCCUUGAGAUCAUUGACAAGAUCCUCCUGUGUAGUUCUGGGCUGAUUCCUCGCCGUUCUCAUGAUCAUUGCAACUCCACGAGGUGAGAUCUUGCAUGGAGCCCCAGGCCGAGGGAGAUUGACAGUUAUUUUGUGUUUCUUCCAUUUGCGAAUAAUUGCACCAACUGUUGUCACCUUCUCACCAAGCUGCUUGGCGAUGGUCUUGUAGCCCAUUCCAGCCUUCUGUAGGUCUACAAUCUUGUCCCUGACAUCCUUGGAGAGCUCUUUGGUCUUGGCCAUGGUGGAGAGUUUGGAAUCUGAUUGAUCGCUUCUGUGGACAGGUGUCUUUUAUACAGGUAACAAACUGAGAUUAGGAGCACUCCCUUUAAGAGUGUGCUCCUAAUCUCAGCUCGUUACCUGUAUAAAAGACACCUGGGAGCUAGAAAUCUUUCUGAUUGAGAGGGGGUCAAAUACUUAUUUCCCUCAUUAAAAUGCAAAUCAAUUUAUAACAUUUUUGACAUGCGUUUUUCUGGAUUGUUUUGUUGUUAUUCUGUCUCUCACUGUUCAAAUAAACCUACCAUUAAAAUUAUAGACGGAUCAUUUCAUUGCCCCGCUUACCCCCCCCCCCCCCCCCCAAAAAAAAAUCAAAAUAAUAUCUGGCUAUAUCCCACUGGCUAUAAGGUGAAUGGACCAAUUUGUAAGUCGCUCUGGAUAAGAGCGUCUGCUAAAUGACGUAAAUGUAAAUGUCAGUGGGCAAACGUACAAAAUCAGCAGGGGAUCAAAUACUUUUUUCCCUCACUGUAUAUAAUGUCCGGUCAUCUGUCCCUCAGGCGGACCCCCAGUCAGAGCAGAGGUCGACAGCGUCUGUGAAGGUGUGCAGUGGGUCUCUCACCCUGACGGGAAUGGUGCACUGCAGGGCCUACCUCCACAGCAACAAACCAAGAGCCAAGCACGCUACAGAGGUACUGCAAAACACACACACACACACACACACAUACAGUACAUUGGCAACCAGAACGUUCUCUAAACCAGAACUUGCACACCAUCCAGCUCUUACCAACUGAAGGUUAAUUGGAAAUACGUAUACAUUUGAUCUUUCACAUUUUUCUCAUGCCUUGUCCUGAUAGGUCAUCAAGAGAGAUGUCAUCAACACGGUGUCUAGCAGAGUGGAGAUGUUCCUGGAAGAUAUUUUAAUGGAGGGAGAGGACAAAGGCACAGUAUUAGUUCUAUACUUUAGCAUUGGGGUUUAGAGAAAUAUCGUUAAUAUUACAGAACUGAACUGCAGUGCUGUCAGUGUGCUUAGCAAGCUAUGCAGAGCAACCACAAGGUGGCAAUGUUGACCACUCACUGGUUGUCGCCAUACUCGCUGUCCCACUUGUUCUCCUGCAUGACAAUGACUCAUAGUUAUUCCUAUCAAAUCUUUAGCUAAGUGUACAUAGUGAUUUUCUGCUCUCCUCUCUUCGGCAGGGUCAGUCGGUGUACAGCAGGUGCUCCCUCGCAGAGUGUUUGCCCCCGUGCCCGGCAUGAGCCUGUGUGUGUGUGACUACAUGUUCCCUGACGAGAGUGUGUCCGAUGUGAGUGACCGUCUCAAAGAGAUGCUGGACUGGGAGACGCCCGAGGACAGCAUAGACACCUCCCAGGAGACUGUCCCAGGUGGUUUAUCAUAAUAACCAGGGGUCAAUGUAGCAGGAUGCCAUAACUGUAGACUACUACAGUAUCAACUGUAAUCUUUCAGUGACCUGGUUUGAGUCAGUAAAGCCCAUUGUGUAAGUGUUAGUUACUCCCUAUGAGGAAUGAAACAGGUAUUCCAACAGGAAACAGGGUUGCAAUCACUAGCCUGAGAUGCAUACAAUCACACUGAAAGAAUGUAUAUUUCUUUACUCACCUGCAUGACCAAACAUAAUUCCCCACCAGGACACACAAUGUUGUGGGGAAACCUCAUUGUCAACUGUUUCCAUUUGGUCAUGCAUGUGAGGAAAGACCCAUAGUUUAUGAUUGUCAUUACUCAUAAUUAUUAUUCCUCAAACAAAUGCUAUUUUCUUGGUAUGUUGGUUAAGCGGUUAUAUUAUAUGGAUUAUUUUAGCUUCCUGAACUGAGUUUUGAAUCUACAUUUUCUAUACUUUCCAUACUACUAUUUGUCUUCAAUUGAGUGUAAGGUUGACAUUGUAUGGUGAAAAUGUCUAAUAUUCUGAAGCUCCUACGAUUGACCUAAAGAACAUGGUUGUUCAGAAGAACCUGAAGGCUGAAUCUACUGUUGACGCUCGUCCUAAGACACCCUCUGAAGAGCCCACUGAAGCCCCCAAAAGCCACAAAACGUAUUACGCUGGUAUGUCCUUUUAAAUACUCUCUUCAAACAGCCAUUUCAUCAGAAAUCAGAAGGUACAAUGAUCAGGAAAAACUCCUGGCUCUAUCAUAUGUAAAGGCAUGUACAGGAUGUGUCGAUAGCUUUGUGCCUAUUAUGUGAACCAUUUACCACCUCUCGUGACACAUUCCUAACCCAAACUAUGACUCAGCAUCAGGUAUGUAGCAUAGCGUUCUCUUGACUCACCCGGAUACCAUUGUGUCAUUGUGUAGGUGUUGCCAUGGCAGCCGCAGUCGCUGUCCUAGCCACAGGCACCUCGCUGCUCUACCUGAGCGACUAAUGGUGGAUGCACAGGAUACAUACACACACUACAAGAGCUGGUUGCUAUGCGGAGGGUCUUAAUCGCUUGAUUUUAUUUUCAUGAAAUUGAGUUGACAUGGUUAUUAUAAAAGCAAAUGCAAACUGUAUGUUUUCUAUUGAUAAUUCAACAUUUAUUUUCAUAUGAAUUGUAAAGCAGAAUUGUAAACAAUUUGUUUUGAUUGAUUGUUUCAGUUGUAAAAGGUUACACAGAGAAACGUGUGUAUAGCGUAUUAUGUAAUGUCUUGCAGUAAGUGUAUGUCCAAUGGCAUAUAUUCAAAAUUCCCUCCAUAUGGGGAAAAUGGACCCUCUAAUUGUUGUUCAGUUCAUUCAGUCAUCAUCAGAUAUUCUGAUGUGUGCCAACCAUAAACCUUCCGCUCUGUCCUCACAUAUUGCCUCGUGCCUCAGGCCACCCACGUGUAUCGGACCUCUCCUCACCCACAUUGCUGGCACAACGGAUAUGCAUCAGAAGAGCUUAGAGCGUCUGUAUUCAAUAUAGUAUUUUGCAAUUACUUAGGCCUACAGUAUGGUCUUGUAUGGUUAUGCUUGGUAUGAUGGGCAUAUUUUAUGCUUUGAUCCUCCCAAAGGAUGGUUCAGGCCUGUAUUUUAUGGAUUCAUCUAUGACAUAAUUGACCAGAAUAAAGAAGUCCAUUCAAAGUAACUAACUUUUGGUGUGUGUUCUAUUCAUGUUAAAUGCUGUUAGUUAAUAGUGUUAAAACAAUUAGACAGAGAAACCAACCACCACUUCCAUGGGGAAAUUCUGCUUUUAAUGAGUGACUGGGGGUUAUCACUUUAACCCUUUUGAUUUCAAACAUCAUGAAAAUAUAGCAUAAAAUGCGAUGACAUUGGGUCAAUAGUGAUAAACAAGCCCAAGCCAUAAAAUGGGGUUCAUUACUCCAACCGCAGGAUCAUAUAUUGUGACGCCAAUACAACCUUUUACAAAGAUUGCAAUGUCAUAUACUUAUCAAUCAUACACCAAUACAAUGGUUAAAACAAAAAGAAAGAAAAGCAUUUUAUAAUGAUACACAUAUUGAGCUAAUAAUGUCUGUCUGAAAUCAUGUUAAUGGACACUGCCUGUGAUAAACUGAAGCUGACUGGAGGCUGUUAAAAAUAUUGCAUUUACAAUAGCCUAGUAGGCUAAUGGGUCCAGAAAUGUGCACUCUGUCACUGACUCCCUAUAAAAAACCCUUACUCCACCUCCACACCUGCCUCCUCCUCAGGACAGGCCGCAAACUCCUUCUCGGGCAGGAGGCCGUACUCAUUGAGGAACGCCUCGAUAUCGGUGGCGAAGAACUCCUCGCUGAGGUGCUGUGUCAUGGACAGGAAGUUCCCUAGCAGCUCCCCUGCCUUGUAAACCAGCAUGGUGGGCAGCACGUCGUCUGAGAAGCGCUCGCCGGCGCCCGUUGCGGCCGCCCGGAUGCGGCAGAACUUGACACUGGGGUACUCAGUGGCCAGGCAGUCCAGGCAGGAGUUGAGCGCCUCGCAACCUUUGACCCCGUCCUUGUAGAUGUGGACGACCACCAGGGUGAGCCGGUGCUCAUUCUCAAUGACCUCCAGGAAGGACUCGCCGUUGUCCAGCUCCACCACGCUGUCAAACGUAGGCCCAAAGCUGAAGCGCUCGUGCAUCUCCUUCAUGCACUGCUUGCGGUACUUGCGCAGGCACUUCUCAUCCUCCUCUGCGAUCAUCUCGUACUCCUGGACACUCAUCUGUUAAGAAAAAGUUAUGAUAGGAGCUGAGUCAAGGCUUAUGUAUUAUGUAUGGGGGCUGAAACAUAGAAGUAGAAUUGACUUGAAUGGAAAUCUCCCUUCUAGUCGUUUUAUUUCUAUGGGUUAAAAUAGGUCAAGUAAACACAUCUUGAUUCUCAAGAGUUUGCUAGACUUGUGCCUCCCUCUGUGGUCGAGUCUCUUAUUGUCUGACCGUGUGGUUGUGUUUGAACGCUGACUGACCUUCCGGUUGAGUCUGUCGUGGAUGUCGUCGCUCUGGGGGUUGGAUAUCUGUCUGAGGAGCUCCUUCUUGCUGGGAGGGGUGUCCUGGUCCUCACACUUGAACUUCCUCCAGUCAUUAAUCACACCUUUGGGGCCUUGUACAGGAAUUGAGACAUGUAUAAUACGCUAGAGAGGCUGAUGUCAUUUAACUACAUCUCUAGAAUGUGCUGAUAACGGCAGCCAUUUUGGCCAGGAAACAUUACAAACGUCAAUGUCCAUUCUAGUGUUCUAUAUGUAAUUCUAUGGAUUGAGAGGGGUCGAUCAACAGGUUAAAACAAGAACAGAGGUUUACAGAGAAAGGUCUGUGCAUCAGAAAGAGAGUUUAUACAGACUUCACUCUCAUUUCAAUUGAAGUUUGGAUGAUAAACAGUGGGCUUAAUAAAGAGUUUACUAAAAGGGUUGAUAGUUGAUGACGUGUCACCUGUUUGAAUUGCUGGCACCUCAUCUUCAGCUGGUGUUGAGCUUGACAUACUGAACUUAAUGAAUGAAGAGACAAAACCAUAAAGAUUAUCAAUGAAAACCAUUUUCUUAUCACCAUUUCGCCAAAGAGACUGGCUUGUAACAAAACUGUAGCAUUGCAUUGGUUCAUCGGUGUCUGGGUUGUGUGCUGUACACUGCAGCAUGUUGUGACUGUCAGAGACAUUCAGAGGGAUCCAGGUUGAUGCAGUAUUAUCAGAUUAUGAUUAGGUCUAAUACUUAGGAUUUUCUAAGACCGUGUUAAUGCAUGGGUCUUAGUGGGCCUACGUGUGUAAGACAGCUGGGACAAAAAGAUGACAAUGUGAACCCACAGAAACCCCAAAAUCUCUCCUUCUCCCUCUUCAACAUUACAGCAACUACAAUACAACAUCUGUUUAACCGGAAACCUUCCUCAUUGGCUUUCUGUGCGCGCUGUCACUCAAUUUGAAAAGCUACUUUGGCCCUUAGGGCCACCGUAAUACAGAAUGAACUCCAUAAUUUCUAAACAGCUAAAAAUAAAACCUUAACCUUGAUGAUAAUACAAUAGUUUUUUCACACAACACAAUGCUGCAGGAAUGUCAUCCAGAGCGGUUGCCAGAGAAUUUAAUAUUAAUUUCUCUACCAUAAGCCGCCUCCAAUGUCGUUUUAGAGGAUUUGGCACUACGUCCAACCGGCCAAACAACCACAGACCACGUGUAACCACGCCCAGCCCAGGACCUACACAUCCGGCUUCUUCACCUGCGGGAUCGUCUGAGACCAGCCAACUGUCAUAAACCGUCUCAGGGAAGCUCAUCUGUGUGCUCGUCGUCUUGACCUGACUGUAGUUGUAACCGACUUCAGUGGGCAAAUGCUCACCUUCGAUGGUCGCUGUCACGCUGGAGAAGUGUGCUCUUCAUGGAUGAAUCCCGGGUUUCAACUGUACCGGGCAGAUUGCAGACAGCGUGUAUGGUGUUGUGUGGGCGAGUGGUUUGCUGAUAUCAACAUUGUGAACAGAGUGCCCCCAUGGUGGCGUUGGGGUUAUGGUAUGGGCAGGCAUAUGCUACGGACAACGAACACAAUUGCAUUUUAUUGAUGGCAAUUUGAGGCCCAUUGUCGUGCCAUUCAUCCGCCGCCAUCACCUCAUGUUUCAGCAUGAUAAUGCACAGCCCCAUGUCGCAAGGAUCUGUACAAAGUCCUGGAAGCUGAAAAUGUCCCUGUUCUUCUAUGGCCUACAUACUCACCAGACAUUUCACCCAUUGAGCAUGUUUGGGAUGCUCUGGAUCGACGCGUACGACAGCAUGUUCCAGUUCCUGCCAAUAUCCAGCAACUUCUCACAGCCAUUGAAAAGGAGUGAGACAACAUUCCACAGGCCACAAUCAACAGCCUGAUCAACUCUAUGCGAAGGAGAUGUGUCGCGCUGCAUGAGGCAAAUGGUGGUCACACCAGAUACUGACUGGUUUUCUGAUCCAUGCCCCUACCUUUAUUAAAGGUAUCUGUGACCAACAGAGGCAUAUCUGUAUUCCGAGUCAUGUGAAAUCAAUAGAUUAGGGCCUAAUGAAUUCAUUUCAAUUGACUGAUUUCCUUAUAUGAACUGUAAUUGUUGCGUUUAUAUUUUUGUUCAGUGUAUUUUGGUUUGUCUUGUACGUCAUCAUUGUGUCCAAGGUAAACUCCCAGUACUGUAGGCACUGUCCCUCAUUUGUCCCCCAAGUUUGUGUUGUCCUACAGUAAGUUACAGAAUAGUCUUUAUGUAUACAGUACAUGCACAAGCAAAACAUUUCAGUGGUUCCCAUGAUGUUGCCAUGAAUUCUGAUUAUGGACACCUGACGUUGUCUUACAUUGCUCUGGUGACAUGACCUUGAAAUGUUGAAAUCUGACUCACUCUACAGAAGCAGCAUAGCAUGUUUUCCACAUGUAUAUUCUAACAUUAUGGAUGAUCACUUCAGAUUUGAUCAAAUCUUUCAUUACUAAUUUAUCUUCUUCAAUCCCAGUGGAGAAUUAGACCACAUCUUUCACUGCUUUGUCAAGUAGAAUCAAUAUUAAUGAAUUAUUAAAUGAUAGCAGCAGUGAUGCUUACCUGUAUGGUUAGCUGCACUUCCUUCCCGCAGGUGAGUCUCCUUAGAGUCCUGACCAGGUUUGUUGUUGCUGAUGCGUAGUUAUGGGUUUCUUCUGAAGACAGCUGGGGAAGGCUGUGUGGAAUUAGACAUUAAUUAAUUAUAGAUAUCAUCAUAGUGACAUCUCUCCC